AUGCCGGCCUGCCCAUCUUGGCCCUGGCGCGCGGCACGGCGUCAAGACGGUGCCGUCGACAAGGCAGCAAGGCAAGGGGAAGGGAGGGCUGGUGUGCUAGACCUGGUGGUGGUGCUGGACCUGGUGCUGGAUCUGAACCCGAACCUGUGCCUGAGAAUGACCCCGAACAUGAACCUGGUGCUGGACCUGGGAUGCUGGGACUGGUUCAGUGUCGGGAUGCGGACGUGCGUGCUCACAGACGGCCAGGUCAGAUGGUGUGCGCCCGUUUCGAUCUGGCCGGAAAUAUUCAACGUACGACGACCCCGGCUGCGAUGUGGAAAGGGGCGGGGCGGGGCGGGAGAAAACGACAGAGCAGAAAAUAUGGGACGUCUCGGCAGUGUCGUGUCUGCCGACCAGGGUCGGGGUGGGAUGCGUGCAUUCGUGGCCUUAUCGAAGGGCGUUGUCAUGGCGGCGGAUGAUGGGCAGCAGACCAGCAGGCCAACAGGGCAACGCAACAACAGGAACCUGGAACGCGGGCGACAUCGCAGGCGGCCGGGAUGGGACGACCAAGGGAACCUUGUCGGCGUCGAGGGCGACGAGGAGGAGGAAGUAAGGGAGUGA